AUGAGCCCGACCAGCCCUGCCAGCUCCCGCCUGGGCAACGGAAUGCCCAAGCGCAAGAGAAGCAACGGCAUGGGGGGCCUCGAGAGCAGCCCCGGCAGCAUCAACGAAGACGACCACGGCGACCAUCAUGAACACGGCGAGCACGAUAAGAAGCGCCAGCCGGGCGUCAAGCGGGCGUGCAACGAGUGUCGCCAGCAGAAAUUGCGGUGUAAUGUCGUCCAGGAACCGUUCCAGAGCUGCUCGCGGUGCAACCGUCUGAAGCUCGAAUGUAAGAUCGAAUCAAACUUCAAGCGCAUCGGGAAGCGAUCCAAGCACGCCGAGAUGGAGAAGGAGAUUGACCGUCUGCGGCGUAACAUUGCCCGGGCACAGGCUCAAGGCUACAUUUUGGAGGACGACGAGACUCUCAACUCCCCCAUGGCGCCGAGCACCGCGACUUACUCUCACACGCGAAAUCCUUCCUUGAUGGGGUCCGACGAAGCUGUAUCCUCGCUCUUGCAUCUGAAGAGAGGAGGCUCGUACAGCAUGCCGCGCUUCUCACACGAGCUGGAAGGAGUCCAGCUGACUGACGAAGGGGUCACCAACCUGUUCAACGAAUUCUUCGCCUUCUACCAUCCUUUCCUCCCGUUCUUGAAUCCCCAGCAGUCUCCGGACGUCUAUCACCAACAACACCCUCUCCUUUUCUGGUCCAUUGUCGCUGUUGCUGCGCGCCGUUUCAGUCCCGCCAACUGCCCGAACCUCAUCUCCAACCUGUCGGGACCCCUAACUCGAUUCCUGUGGACCACCAUCGGCGAAGUACCUAGCAACUACUACGUCGUCAAGGCCAUGUGCUUGCUCUGUGCCUGGCCGCUGCCUACGAGCACAACCUCGUCUGACCCGACCCACAUCCUGUGCGGUGUCAUGAUGAAGACGGCGACUGGAAUCGGAUUGCAUCGCCCCAACCACAUCCAAGAUUUCUCGCGAACAUCCGUCGAUCUGAACAAGGAGCAGCUUGCUGACCGUGUGACCACAUGGGCGGUAUGCAACAUCGUGGCUCAAAAUAUCGGCACAGGCUACGGCCAACCUGCGUCCUCGCUGUAUGACUGGACACUGGCCCUUCGACCAGGCGACGACCCGGCCUUGCACCUAUCUCCCGAAUUGGAGGCCCGCCUCCAGAUCGAAAGAUUCUGUGACAAGGUCUCCAAGGAGAUGUACAGUAACGCCAGCGAUCCCCGAGGAGUUGCCGGAGACGAGCAUCGGGCAAUGCUCAUGAGGGUAUACCGGCGCGAAUACUCGGAGCUAUAUGCAUCCAUCAUGUCCCAGCAGCUGGGCCCGAUUGUGAAUCUGCAUUUGCGGGCCGCUGCCCUUCACAUGAGACUGGCGGGAUUUUUCGAUUCUAGUAAGACACCCGGCUAUCUAGAUGACUUGCUGGGUCUGUGGCGGGCGACUGUCAGCUUUCUGGAUGAUUUAUUAGAGGUAGACAAGGUCACCUCUCCGCGCGACAACAUCGGCGGCGCCUUUUUGCUCUAUGCGACCAACUACAUGCAACAGAUGUUGGUAGCUGCCGCCUUUACCUUGCUUAAAUUGAUGAGGUCUUUCUUCUCCAAGACGAUUGACUUUCAGCGUGGGCGAAAUCUCUUCCACCGCUCCAUCCAAGCCAUCCGAGCUACCAGCGUGGUGUCCAAUGAUUUGCAAUGGCGUUUGGCCGAACUAAUGGUGCAGAUGUGGAACGGCGCCCGUUUGGAUCAGAAGAACUACAACCAGGAAGACGAUACCCCCAUCCAGGUCGACGACAGCCUACAGCUCAAAGUACGAUGCCGCCACAGUAUGAGCCUUGUUUUCGAUUCCGUUUGGCGAUGGAGGGAGGAGUAUCAAGCUUUGGGCAGAGGAUCGCUCGAAGCCGCCUUAAAACAUCCUACGAACCCGGAUUCGGCCAAUGAGUCCUCAGCCGCGUCUUCGCAACUUGACAGCACGUUGAUGCCAUCACACACUCUUCCCACGCCCAACAACAUGCUCACUGCGAAUGGUGUACUAACACCAGGCGCCCCAGGCUUGACUGCCCCUACAACCGCACCGACCAGCAUCAUUGGAAAUAUGAGCUACGGCGACACCACUUAUGACUUUUUCGAUCCCCAGCAUUGGAUGCUGGAUGGCCUCCUUGAUUUCAACUAUUCGUUUGUACCCCCUCUCGAAGGUGCAUAG